AAAAAAAAAAAAAGAGCCUAAAUUUGAUUAAAUUUCUCGUUUACUCCGUCUCCUCUCCAAAAAAUUCCAGGUUUUCCGAUGAACGGAGAAUUACAGCUGGAGUCGAUUGGUGGUGACCGGAACCCCAGUGACUCCGAUCCUCUGCUUCAUGAACGCCACCAACUUCAAAAGCAUAUCGACACUUCGUCGCCAUCGUCCUCGGGAAGCUCCAGCGAGAUAAAGGAUGAAGACCUUGAGGCCGGUUCCUUGCCUUGUUGUAGGAUUUGUCUCGAAUGCGACGGUGAAGAUGAUGAUGAAUUGAUAUCUCCGUGCAUGUGCAAAGGCACACAGCAGUUUGUUCAUCGUUCUUGCCUUGAUCACUGGCGGUCAGUCAAGGAAGGUUUUGCGUUUUCUCAUUGCACAACUUGUAAAGCUCAAUUUCAUCUUCGAGUGGCAGAGUUGGAGGACAAUUCUUGGCGAAAAAUAAAAUUUAGGAUCUUUGUUGCAAGAGAUGUUUUCCUCGUAUUUCUUGCUGUACAAACUGUGAUUGCUAUGAUUGGCGGUUUUGCUUACCUCAUGGAUAGAGAUGGAUCUUUCAGGAACUCGUUCAAUGAUAGCUGGGAUCGCAUACUUUCUAAGCAUCCAAUUCCAUUUUAUUACUGUAUAGGUGCACCGACAAAUUUAUUUUGUAGACCAAAGACUAAAUGCAUCAAAGGGGUUCUUGGCUUCUUUGUGCUGCUGGGAUUUUUUGGGCUCAUACUACACUGCUCCUCUCUGAACAGCAAUGACCCGCGUGUGGCUGGUUGUCAAAAUUGUUGUUAUGGCUGGGGCAUCUUGGAUUGUUUCCCUGCAUCCAUGGAAGCAUGCUUUGCCCUAGUAAUUGUUUUUGUUGUCAUCUUUGCCAUUCUUGGAAUUGCUUAUGGUUUCCUUGCUGCCACCAUGGCCAUCCAGAGGAUUUGGCAGAGACACUACCACAUCCUCACGAAGAGAGAACUCACACAGGAGUAUAUUGUUGAGGACCUUCGAGGCUGUUAUACCACUCCAAAAUUGGACCUGGAGCAUGAAGAACGGCUCAAAAUGCUGAAGCUGUUGUAGGGAGGAGUUAUCUGGAUGUGUAUGGUACCAUGAACUGCUUUGAAGUUAUCACUCGAGAUCCGAAGCUGUUUCUUGUUUGUACUGAUGACCAUUAUAAUAAAUAGUAUGGAAGAUAUGUCUAUAGUAAACCUUUGUGCAGAUGAGAGGAUCUGAAUUUGGCAGUAUCACUUGUUAGCUAUUUUACUAUUUUAUAUUGUAUGUGCAUAUGCCCAUUAUGGUUGAGUUUGAUUUUCUGCUGCA